CAGCGCGAAUCCGGAACGUUUUAUUGUCGUACACGCCGCGUCGGCCGCGACGCGAUCGCGGGUCUGUCGUUAGUCGCUAUCGAUCCUCCGACGCUUUGCGAGCUCCGCGCGCGCGAUUGUUUUGCUUUCCUCCUUACUCUGCCUCCCGCCCGCGCGCGCUCGCCGCGCGGAAAAACUCGGCGUGGCGCCGCCGCCGCCGCCGCCGCGUGUCCGUGGGAGAGAACGCGCGACCCGGUCAGUGCCGCGCGCGCGAGAGAUGCCAAUGACACGGGGUACGUUUUUCUCUUCUCCGUCUUCAAAAUACGUCGCGCGGUAACUUGUUGCGAGUUCCGUCAAUGGGAGACAGUGACGCCAGCGGCGGCGGCGACGACGGACCGCCUGCCUCCUCGCAUAUGGCGCUCCUCGUCGGGAAAGACGCGGUCAAUGGGUUCUAUUGAAAUUAAUUACGAUUUUACGCCGAGCGCUUGUAAAUGCGCGUCUCUGUGCCCGGAAAGAGUCUGGCGGUCAAUAGUCUCGAUCGUGACUGCAAUUUUAAACUCGUGACAAUCCUCGGAUCAAGGAACAACGCUAAUAACAAUGUUUCGCGAUAACUUAUCUCCCGAAGAUCAUAUAUUCUGAUAUUAUUUCCAAGUGGAGUCCAAGGGCGAUGCUCGAGUGCAGAAGAAAUUUUUUGCCACAUUUUCUUCGUCGACGGCACAUAGAACGUAGGGGAGAGUCGGAUACCUGUUCCGCGGGCGACACGGCCGUCAUUCUUCCCGAAAUCGAGAGUACUCGAGGCGUCGAGACUCCUGACGGGAAGUCGCCGAUCAACGAUCUUCUCGGGAUGCUUUCAAUUUAACAGCGAGGACGAGUCCCCCACUACGCGGGAGUUCUCAGGAUUCGCAUCGUCUUCGCCCAACAUCAAAGCAACCGAGUCAACGGUAGAUCAGACGUUCACGAUAUCACCCGCGUGGGACAUCGAUAAGAACGAUGUGCAACAAUUGGUGCAUCUCAGCGAAGAGAAAAGCAGCCUGUUCAGGCUACUUGAAGACUCUCAGCUGAGCAUGAUCGAGGAUGUCGGUGACACCUGUCUGGUAGAAUCGAGUCUGGGCAAUUACAACGAUGCGAGCGCAGCGUCGCAUUAUUUGAUGCUGAACAAACAGAACUCCUUCGAACACGACGAAAGUCUUGGUAUAUUGACGCCGGACCAGAUGACCGAUUUCACGGUGGCGUUGGAAUGCUCCAGGACACCAUCCUGCGAGAAUCUCACUGGUUCGGCCGGCUCGAAAUUGGCGUUGACGCGAGCGUCCGCUUCGACGAGGCCGCUGGUGGACGUGGAGCCGACGGAGGAAAGUAUCUGUACCGAGAGAACUCCCUCGCCGGAAGAGCUACCACUCGAUCCUAAGCCUGUGGAGCCGAUCAGAGGUAACGCCGUGCCAGUGAGCUUCGUCACGUCGGUCACGAGCAUCACCAGUCUCGAAGCGGGUUACCAAGGAGACGGCGAGAAUUCGCGGCCGGCCAGCCGUGGUGCGGAUCCACCAUCCAUGGCAGUGCCGCCGGUCAAUCUUCCCGCACCUUGCCGUCAGGAUCCGAUGACCGACUCGGACUUCUUCACCGAGAGCGACGCGGACGCGCACGAGGAGAUUGUGCGGGGCGACAGGAAGGCGCAGGUGAUCGACGGCACGUUGUUCUGCGCACCGGGCGAACGCGUAUGUCCCAGCUUUACCGGAGAAGAGAUGGACUCGAGUGGGAUUUAUUCAGAUUUGGACAAGCUACAGGCGCCUGGGGAACAGGCGCCGGAAGAUAAUGACGAUCAUACCCCCGAUACCGGAGAUACCGAGUUGUCCCAGAGGAGCCAACCCUCGCCCAAUGCGAACGUUAUCAUGGAUUAUUUACAGAUUCAUCCUGUAAAGGCGUUGGAUGAAACGAGCAACACAAACGACACAUCGGCCUCUGUCGAAGUUACGGUGAUUGAAAAAGUCGAAAAAAAUGAAAACAGGCCCAAAACACAAAGCAAGACCGAUACGCCGUUGAAAAAAUAUAAAAUGCCCAAGAGAAACGUCGUCUCGAAGAUCAAGGCGAUGAUCGAGUCAUCGUCGAAAGACGAUGCCGAAAAGGAGGCGAGACGUUCCCAGAGAUCAACGAGAAAGGGCGGACGGUGGGACGCUGUGAUGAAUAAAAUAGAGGCUGGCAAAAACGAGCAGAGAACGAGAUCAGUCAGGAAGGAAGUAAAAUCGAGAGUGUUGCAGAAUCUCACCUUGUCGCCUUCCACGAGGCCGACGUCGAAAAAAGCUGGCGACGCGAACAACAAUAAUAAUAAAGACAAACGGAGGAUGCGUGGCUGGCAAGAAAUGAAAUCGCCGACGCAGGAAACAGCCAGGAGUUCUGUUCGCAGCUCCAUGAGCGAUCUCAGUAGCGGCCCAAGUAAGGACAUGCCAAAGAGAUCACCGACGUCCGCGAAUCCGCCCCGGAGAUUCGUCUCGAACGGCCACGCCAAUCACCAUCAGGUCCGCGUGAACAGUUUCGACGCGAAGAAGAACUGCGUCGACGUGGCGACGGUGGAACUCGAGAAGAGCCCGCCGUCGGCGCGAAAACCAGCAAUAACAAGGAGAUUAGCGGCCAGCGCCACUGUGAAACAGAAAUCCUCCGUGGCGUCGAUAAAAGAUCGUGAGUCCAAGGAGACUCAUCACAAUAACACUUACACGGUGUCGAGGACGUCACCGGAGACGCGAGAUCAGGCCGCGCAGACCACCGUACCGUACGCGGAUCUCCGCAUGGAACAAGCGGAACGUGCGGCACAGGCGCUCGCUGUGAGCGUACACUAUUUGGCAUUCGAGCUGGACGCGUUUGCCACUCCCAAACUGAAGAAAGAUUUCGAGAAGUUGAAGGCCGACUGCGAGGAAAUGAAGAACGAGCGAUCGGCCCUGCUUUCGGAAAUUGACGUUUUGCGCGCGAGAUGCGUCAGUAUGGAGGAGAGACUCGAGGUGGAGAGGGAUGACCACCAUAAAGAUCUGGAUCAGCUUCGCGAUGAGUUGGAGGCUCAUAGGUCGAAACAGGUUGCUUCACUCGUCGAAACUCUAAAGGAGGAAAGACACAAAUACGACGUCAGGCUGGACGAAGUCACGAGGGAGCAUCGCGCGACAAUUGCAAAAUUGCGCGCCGAGCAGAUCAACGAGCUCGCUCGUAAAGAGGAGAUGAGAAAAUCCGUGGUUCACGAUCAGGGCGCGGCGCUGAUGGCGGAGAUCGAGUCGCUGAGAUCCGUGCUUGAGCUGAAAAGUCAGGAGAACGCCGCCCUUCGUUCAGAACUGGACAGUUACAGGCGCGACAUCGAGGAGAAGGAUGCCUUGCAGCUACGGCUCGACAUGGCGGAAGCUAGAUGCGAGGAUCUGAAGGCUCAGCUUCAACGGAAGGAAUCCUUCGAACGACAGGUCUCGCACGAAAACGAGAUGCUUCACGAAUCGAUUCAUCAAGUCUCGAAGCACAACAAACGACUAUCACAGCGUAACGAAGAGCUACAGUGGAAGCUGCGAAACAAAAACGACUGGGUGAGCGUUCUUGCGAAUCAACUGAAUCCGCGAUUAUCUCGAUCCGCAGGUCCGGAACAGCUAGAACACAGUAGUUAUUCGCUCGACAAAAACGGCGCUCACUCGUCGUCGAUGGUGAAAUUCAUGGUCGAGAAGGGCGCCUCCGUCUCUUGGACGCUGGAAAUCGACGACCUGUCGAAGGGACCGUCGUCUGACUCUCUUAGCACAUUGCCGAAAGUAGCUAGAUCCUCCGAGGGUGCGACGACAGUUUCCAGGCAAGGAUCGCUCAGGUUGACGCCAAACGCCAGACCUGCCAUGGACACUAGAGCGAGAUCGAAGAGUAUUUCCACUACGUGUGAUUCAGCGCGGACCGCGGCGGUGGAUGAAACUGCCGCGUGGGCGCCUUCGUUCAACUCGACGCCGGUCCCACGACGACGUCCUAGGAAAGACCAAUCGUCGCCUUCCUCGUCAUCUUCUUCAUCGUCUUCCACGUCGUCUACGGCGCCGGCCGUGAAUCCCGCAGUGGCUGCCGCGGUGGCGGCCGCUGCGGCUGCGGCGGCGGCAGCUGCGGCGGAUGACUGCAAUGUCGGCGGCGGCCAGAGACCGCAGGAAGCUGGCGGGGAAGCGAUGAUCUCCGAGGAAACGUCGGCGUCCAGCAGCGAGGAUGAAUCGUCCACCGGCAGUGAUAUCCCUCGGCUGGGAAUACAGUUUGCUUGGGGGAAGCCGAUCAAGUAACACUCGAGCGAAAGAACGCGGCCUGUUAUUACCUGUCUGCGCGUUUUUUCUCUCGCGUAACACAGUGAUGUUUCGAAUCGCGAAUUGUCGUACGGUCGCCGUCUCUGUUCUCUUGCCUACAGUGAAGUCGUUUCUCGACGUGCACUCAUUGCGGAUCUUCGUUGAUCAUUCCCCUUCGUCCGCGUUUGCAGAUACAUUUACAUUUCGUGUUGUGUAACGUCAGCACCGCGCCUCAUUUACUUUUCCUCUUCCAACCGAUACAUCCAGAGAUUCAGAGCGAGAGGAGUGACGUUUACGUUUUAAGCAAACGUGCCGCGCGAUCAAAUGUUUCACGCGAUUCCGGAGUAUAACGUUGUAAGUUAGUGAGAUAUUUAAGAAUGAAUUCCACGAUGUAUUUUAAUGUUACGACUGUAUAAAUUAGACUAGUACGAUUGUUUCCGUGGUUUUCUCGAUUAAAAGGACGUUUCAUCUUCCCCCGACGUUUUACAUUGCGAUUUAAGGCAGCGAUUUACCGCGUGGAUUUAAGAUUAGGAUCUUCGAAAUCCAUUACGUAAUGAUUUUCCGAUAUGCAUACAACGAAACUGCUUCGUUUGCUGUAAUCAAGGCAACCGUGCCUUUCUUUCGGGCAAUUUUCGCCUAUAAAGUUUACACAGGUUAUUGACGUACAGAGUCACGCAGAAUUCUUUGUUUUUUUUGUUUUGUACUUUUUUUUUGUACUUUGACGGACAUUGAAAAAGGGAAAUUCAAUGUUGUUUUGGCUGACAGCUUUUAUUUUUAUUGUGGUCUUUCUGAGAAUUUUACCGCAUGUCCGAUUGUCUUUAUACUUUUACAAUUAUGUGAGUACGUUUUAUAAGCAUCACUUUUUGUUUAUUUUUUUUUUUUUUUGGUACAGAGACCACGUAGCAUUGAGGAGAUAAAUAAAAUAUAUAUAUAAGAGCAUGACAAAAGAAAAAUAUUCCUCGCGAUCAUGCCGAUUUUCGUACUUGUAAGUCGAUUCUUUUUCAGUUGAUGCGCGUCGUCUUGCGUUAUCCGUUUGUUGCGUUCUCGAGAAAAAAAAAUCUCGAUUGCCGGCGCUCCGUACUAGUACUUUAGACGGAGUUUGUGAUGCGCUUUUGCGCACACAACGGCAAUCGAAUCAUGGUUUAUCUGGUAGAUGCAGCAGUGAUAACCAUUAGCGACAAAACUUGUAGCACGUUCCGACAAGAGCGUUAAUUUCACAGUCCGUUCCAUAGACAAGUCGUAGACUUUAGAUUAUAAUGAAAGAGAGAACAUCGCGCGUGCUCGACAUACGGAAGCCAAGUAUUAUUCACCGAGAAAGUAUGUUUUCUUUUCUCAUGUGUGCUGAUAAGAUCGAUGUAUUAUAUACUUCUCGAAUAAAUAAGUAUCAUCUAAAUUCUAGAGCAA